CACAAUCGGGACGCUGAUGCUGUCACAUUCCAUCUUCGGCCCCCGCAGAUAAACUUCUUCCAAUUUCCGCGGCGGGCGCAAGUUGAAGGUUGAUCUCCGGCAACUCUAGGCGGAAUAAGGAUGGCUUCGCCGGGAAACCCUAAUUGGCUACUUGAAUGCCCCCUGAUCGAGGAUUUCACGGUGCCGCCGGAGAACGAGUUCAUUUGGACGCCGCAGGGAUUCAACGACGCGUUGUCUAAUGGCAGUUUUUGCUUUAAGAUGGAUAGAAGUAACCCCUUUCGAAGAGUGAAGACCAUCAUAGGAUGCAUGAAGUUCUUUAUGAGAGUCUUUAAGGCCUAUAGGGGAGAUACCACUGGCAUCUUUGUCCUGGUGAGUUUUAUCUUUGCUAAAGAGUUCCUUACCUACCAAUUAUUGCUUUCUCUAGAAAUAAACUCCUUUUGAUAAAGCCACAAUAGC